CAGUUGGUAAAAAUUGGUGGUAAGUGGCUAACCUGCAACUCACACGCCACGGCAGAGAGCGUGUGUGGUUCCGUUUGCAUUUCGAGUCCUCGGAAAAUCCAAAACGGAAACGACGUUUAACGCCCAUUCUCUGUUACUGGUAUGGCUAUUGCAGUAGCAGCUGUGGUGGUCCCAUUGGGCUUGCUCUUCUUCGCUUCAGGCCUCGUUGUUAAUCUCAUUCAGGCAAUAUGCUAUGUCGUUGUAAGGCCACUGUCGAAGAAUUUGUACAGACGGAUCAACCGUGUAGUUGCGGAACUGUUGUGGCUGGAACUUGUGUGGCUUAUUGAUUGGUGGGCAGGGGUUAAGGUCCAAGUAUUCAUGGAUCGUGAAAACUUUCAUUUGAUGGGUAAAGAACAUGCACUUGUAAUAUGCAAUCACAGAAGUGAUAUUGAUUGGCUUGUUGGGUGGAUUUUAGCUCAGCGUUCAGGUUGCCUCGGCAGUGCUCUAGCUGUGAUGAAGAAAUCAUCAAAGUUUCUGCCGGUCAUUGGCUGGUCAAUGUGGUUUUCUGAGUAUCUUUUUCUGGAGAGAAGCUGGGCUAAGGAUGAAAGCACAUUAAAGUCAGGCCUCCAGCGACUGAGUGAUUUUCCUCUUCCCUUUUGGUUGGCUCUCUUUGUAGAAGGAACACGCUUUACACAGGCCAAACUAUCAGCUGCUCAGGAUUAUGCCACCUCGGCUGGAUUGCCUGUUCCUAGAAACGUUUUGAUUCCUAGAACUAAGGGGUUUGUUUCUGCAGUAUGUAAUAUGCGCUCCUUUGUUCCUGCCAUUUAUGAUGUAACAGUGGCUAUCCCUAAGAGUUCACCGUCUCCUACAAUGCUAAGACUCUUCAAGGGGCAACCUUCAGUGGUACAAGUUCAUAUCAAGCGGCAUUUGAUGAAUGAAUUGCCAGAAACAGAAGAAGCUGUUGCUCAAUGGUGCCGAGAUUUAUUUGUGGCCAAGGAUGCAUUGUUAGACAAACAUAUAGCCGAGAAGGAUACUUUUGGUGGUCAAGAGCUGCAGGAUACUGGUCGACCAUUGAAGUCUCUUCUGGUAGUUAUAUCUUGGUCUUGUCUGGUUGUUGCGGGGUUUGUAAAGUUCCUACGAUGGUCUUCACUGCUAUCGUCCUGGAAGGGUGUUGCAUUUUCAACUUUUGGUUUGGCAGUUGUGACUGGCCUCAUGCACAUCUUGAUUCAAUUCUCACAGUCAGAGCGUUCAACCCCGGCCAAGGUUGGCCCAGCAAAGCCAAAGAACAAGGGGGAACAAGUGGAGGCUAUGAAUGACAAACAACAGUAAGAUUUCAUAUUUGUUGCCCAAACCCAAAUCUUCAAUACACACAUAGCAACUUCUUCUACAAUCCUAUUUUGGUAAACAAAAAGUUGCAUUUAUGUGUGUUUAGUGACCCACGUAAUACUCAUUUUUCUUUCAAAAUCUACCCCAUGGUAUGUAUUCAAUUCUUCUAUGUAGUAUUAUGUAUGCUCAUCGAUUCAUUGUUCUCAAAUUAAUUAGGAUAACUAUGUGUCGACAAUUCAGGAUGUUCUAGAAAAAUCCUGCCCCAUCUCUUAUUUUUCUUUUGCACUUCCUAUAUUCCCCUACUUGACACUUACUACUGGCUUAUGAUCACCUACACGGGUGGCUAUUGUCCAAUGAACAGAGUUUGUCUAGUUUUGCCAUGGUAACCAGGUGCCUUGCCUUGUGGCUGGAACUGGAAAUGUGUCGUUACCGAUACGUUCCCUCAGCUCUAGACCUCUACGGUUCCUGAUAUUCCUGGCAAAGUUUUAGAACUUGGAGCAAAACUAUAAUUUUUGUUUUUUAAUGUAUAUUACUAUUUCUGAUGUAUAUGCGAGUUUUGGUAACGUGUGCCUUAAGG